GGUAAACCUCUCAGCCGAGGUACAGCUGAAGGAAUAGCUUAUGCCAAAUUUGAGGCCCACAAGUUUUCCUACCUCAACGUCACUGCUAUUGGCUCGGAUUAUGUUGGAAAGGGCAGCGAGUGUGGAUUUGCUUGUUGUCAGAACAAUGGGAAAUGUAUGGCACUGUACGAGAAGAACAGUUACGUGUGCGUUUGCGUGAAAGGAUACACAGGGGAACAUUGUGAAACGG